AUGAAGGUACUCGCAAAAGCUCACGAGGAACGCAAGCAAAAACUAAAUGGUGAGAACUGGUGUGUUAUUCCUUUGCUUAUCGGCUUUGUAUUCUUUCUCCAGCAGACAACAAUCCUCCUUGUGGCGUUGGCGGCGGCGGCGGCUCAGGGGAACCCCCAGGGCUACAAUAACCAGGCUCCAGGUGGCUUAGGGUCCCAGUCAGCUUCCGUGCCCGCCAACUACGCCUUCCAGUGGGAGGUGGAGGACGCGGCUUCGGACAACUUCUUCGGCCAAGAGGAGCAGCGAGAGGAUGUCAACACGCAAGGAAGCUACUUCGUGCAGCUCCCCGACGGCCGCCGCCUGAAGGUCGACUACUUCGUGGACGACACCGGCUACCACCCGAGCGUCAGCUACGAGGGCGAAAUCAGGCUGUCUCCGGGAGGCGGCGGCGGCGGCGGCGUUUCGCAGGGUUUCUCCAAGCCGGCCUCGGUGCCUUCGCAGCUGUACGCUCAGCCUGGAAAAUAAAAAUGAUUUCUGCAAAGUGAGUGCAGCCUUUCAAAAACUUACAGAGAAUCGGAUAUCGUUAGUUUUGGAUCUCGUAUUACUGAUGGACCUAUUACUAGAUUUUGGAGAAAAAAAAAUGCAUAUUUGCGGUGUCAUAAUGACUCUUCUUUGAAAUUAUUGUUCUUUGUUAUAUAUUUUACACAUUCUCCAUGUCUGCUUUAUAGUACUCUACAUAUACUUCUCGAGAUUUUAUUUUCAUCAUUUUUUUCACUGACUUCCAUAAUUUCACAUUUCUUGUUUAUUCACUAGGUUCCCACAUCAUCUUUACAAUACUGUUUUCUUCUCGGUCACUUAAAACCAAGAUCAGGCUGUAUGUCAAUUAUUAGAUUGUUUUGCGUUCAAAUAAACUGAAGAAAUGGC